AUGUGCAUUGGUACUUUUUACGACAAAAUGAUCUCUAGCAAUCGCACCCGGCUUUACAACAUCUUAAGCUUGGAGUUUAGCCAAAACGAAAAAUUGAAGAAGCUGAUCGCUCCCCCAUUGCUGGUGCCAGAGUUGAGCUUUGUACAUAAGCUAUGGCCCGAUAGGAACGAUGUUGUCAACUGGGAUCCUGAACUGCAACAGGUAGUCGAGGUGUUGGAGGAACACCGUAACAACAAGCCUGAAGUGGCAUUGUUCUGCUUAUGUGGCAUGGCUGGCUCGUACACAGAUUUUCACAUAGAUUUUGGAGGAUCCAGUGUGUGGUAUCACAUUUAUGAGGGUGAAAAGAUAUUCUAUAUUGUCGAACCUACUGAUAAGUACUUGGAUCUGUUUGAGAAUUACCAACGCUCUGAAACUAGAUCCGAAACUUUCUUUGGUGAUCUUUUGCCUCCCGGAACUGUUCGCAGAGUGGUCAUCGAAAAAGGCCAAACCCUUAUGAUACCUGCUGGUUGGAUACACGCUGUCUACACGCCUAAAGAUUCCUUGGUUUUUGGAGGAAAUUUUUUACAUGAGCUGAAUGUGCCGAUGCAGCUGAAGUGA